AUGGAUGGAGAUUUCUUACAUGCAAUUAAUGGCGACUGGGAUUCGCUACUGACUGUCAUGCGUGAGAAUCGCGAGGUUGCACAGCGCACAGACGCCAGUGGUAUGACGGUACUCCACUGGGUAUGUCUGCACCAAGAUGCACCUACUGACAUUGUAGUGAAAGUGGUUUUUGCCAACCCUUACGCCGUCCAUAUGCGCAAUGAUGCAGGCCAUCUACCGAUUGAUCUUGCCGUACAAGCUGAUUGUGGCGAGCGAAUCCUUGAGGUUCUGCGCGCUGCGGCACGAGGCAAUCACCGAUUGGAAGCGUCCAGCGGUCUACAUAAACUUAUAAAUAGAGACGAUGAAGAUGGUGCUACUGAGACCACUGACUACCACCUGUCGUACAACAAUCACACUAUUUUGCACCCUAGCAAUCGCGAUAGUUUGGAGAUCCAGCCACAACAAAAUCACACAUACUACGAAGAGUCAGAUGAUGAAGUUGACGAUGACGAGCUUGAGUAUCAACAAAACCAUCAACAAUACCACUCACAAGCGUAUUUACAACAGAAGAAGCGACUCGAAAGGAAAAAUUUGGACCAUGAUUCGUAUCACAACCCACCUCAGGGAAACUAUGGAGACGCAGGUCUAUUUGCGACUUUAAAGCUCGGUAACGAUCGUAAUCAGGAGAACUCACUAUCACGAAGUGACCCACACGUCAAGUCACUGCUAACAGAACAGCGCCUUCGCGAGCGAGAGAAUGAUUUGAUUUCAAUCGCCACAGCAGAUGACUCAAUGCCACUGGAUGUUAAAAUUAAAAGUGGCAAUCUCAGUGUGACUUCAAGAGGCGCAGGUCCUCGCAGCCAAACAGCUUUUCCUCCUCGUUGGAAACAGUCAAGCAUGUGUCACAAGCACACUCAGAACGAGCUCAGUUGUUGGGAAAAGAAAGCAGCGUACGAGAAGUGCUUCGAUAAGUGGUUCACAAAAGUGUUUUUACAGCAGAAAGCACAUGGAGUAGUGGGAUGCCAAGAAGAGUACGCCAUCUACACGCAUUGCUACUUGAAUGAGUUGAAGAAGAACCAAACACUCAUAGAUGGCGUAAAGUCAGUCAUGCGGCCAGAGGUCAAGGACCGCUUCGAAGCGCAAGAAAGAAACCCCAAAAUAUGA